GUUUUAUGAUGUCAGAGGCCUGCAUUGGAGGAGGAGCAGAUGGAUGGGAAUGGAGGGGAAGCCCGAAGAAUGACGUGUUCCUAAGGGAAAGAGACAUGGAAGAUGAGGAGGAUGAUUCGCCACCUGAGCGUCAGAUUGUGGUGGGCAUCUGUGCAAUGAUGAAGAAGUCCAAGUCCAAGCCCAUGACCCAGAUCCUGGAACGGCUGUGCAAGUUCGACUACAUUGACGUGGUAAUCUUCCCCGAGGAGGUGAUCUUGGAGCAGCCUGUGGAAAAUUGGCCCCUCUGCGAUUGCCUUAUUUCGUUCCAUUCCAAAGGUUUCCCUCUGGACAAAGCUGUAGAAUAUGCCCAGCUGCGAAACCCGCUGCUCAUCAAUGACCUCAACAUGCAGUACUUCAUACAGGACAGGAGGGACGUGUACCGUAUACUACAGGAAGAAGGUAUCGACCUGCCACGUUAUGCCGUGUUAAACCGAGAUCCUGACAAACCAGAGGAGUGUAACCUUGUGGAGGGCGAGGACCAUGUGGAGGUGAACGGUGAGGUGUUCCCUAAGCCAUUUGUGGAGAAACCUGUCUGCGCCGAGGACCACAAUGUCUACAUUUACUACCCCACUUCAGCAGGAGGGGGUAGCCAGAGGCUCUUCAGAAAGAUAGGGAGCCGCAGCAGUGUGUACUCCCCAGAGAGCAGCGUUCGUAAGACUGGAUCCUACAUCUACGAAGAGUUCAUGCCCACCGAUGGAACUGAUGUCAAGGUAUACACAGUGGGUCCAGACUACGCCCACGCUGAGGCGCGGAAGUCCCCAGCGUUAGAUGGUAAAGUGGAGCGGGACAGCGAGGGAAAGGAAGUUCGAUACCCUGUCAUGCUCACCGCCAUGGAGAAACUGGUGGCCCGCAAGGUCUGCCUGGCCUUCAAGCAAACGGUGUGUGGGUUUGACCUGCUGAGAGCCAAUGGCCAUUCCUUUGUCUGCGAUGUCAAUGGCUUUAGCUUUGUCAAAAACUCAAUGAAGUACUAUGAUGACUGUGCCAAAGUUCUGGGGAACAUGGUGAUGAGAGAACUUGCCCCCCAGUUACACAUCCCCUGGUCCAUCCCUAUGGAGGCUGAGGACAUCCCCAUUGUCCCCACCACAUCAGGAACAAUGAUGGAACUGCGUUGCGUCAUUGCCAUCAUCCGCCAUGGCGACCGCACCCCAAAACAAAAGAUGAAAAUGGAAGUCAGGCACCCUCUGUUCUUUGAGUUGUUUGAGAAAUAUGGUGGCUACAAGUCAGGGAAACUUAAGCUGAAGAAGCCAAAACAGCUACAGGAAGUUCUGGAUAUAGCCCGUCUGCUGCUGGUUGACGUGGGUCAGCAUAAUGACUGUGAGAUAGAGGAAAAGAAAUCAAAACUGGAGCAACUGAAGACUGUGCUGGAGAUGUAUGGCCACUUCUCAGGUAUCAACAGGAAAGUUCAGCUUACUUACCUGCCCAAUGGCCAACUCAAAGCCUCCAGCGAAGAGGAAGACUCCCAGAGGGAGGGUCCCUCUCUGCUGCUGGUGCUGAAGUGGGGAGGGGAGCUGACGCCAGCAGGCAGGGUCCAGGCAGAGGAGCUGGGCAGGGCCUUCCGCUGCAUGUACCCCGGGGGACAAGGAGACUACGCCGGUUUCCCAGGUUGUGGUCUGUUGCGCCUUCACAGCACCUACCGCCACGACCUGAAGAUCUAUGCCUCCGACGAGGGAAGAGUUCAAAUGACAGCUGCUGCUUUUGCUAAGGGUUUGCUGGCUCUAGAAGGGGAGCUGACCCCAAUCCUGGUUCAAAUGGUAAAGAGUGCCAACAUGAAUGGGCUCCUGGACAGCGACUCACUGACUGACUUCCAGCAGAGGGUUAAGGCCAGCCUACAUGAAAUUAUGCAGAAGGACCAGGAGUUCACACAGGAAGACUACCAGAAGUUGGCUCCAACAGGCAGCCCGUCACUGGUCAACUCCAUGAAACUCAUCGAGAACCCAGUCAAGACCUGUGACAAGGUGUACACCCUCAUCCAGAGUCUCACAUCGCAGAUCCGAAGGAGACUUGAGGAUCCCAAGUCUGCAGACCUGCAGCUGUACCACAGUGAGACUCUGGAGCUGAUGCUGCAGCGCUGGUCCAAGCUGGAGAGGGACUUCCGCAUGAAGAAUGGCCGCUACAAUAUUAGCAAGAUCCCAGACAUCUACGACUGCAUCAAGUAUGACACGCAGCACAACGCCUCGCUUGGCCUGGAGGACACAUUGGAGCUGUUCAGACUGUCUCGUGCCCUGGCUGACAUAAUCAUACCACAGGAAUAUGGCAUCAAUAAGGCAGAGAAGCUGGAUAUUGCCCAGGCCUACUGUGUGCCCCUGAUGAAGAAGAUCCAGCUGGACCUACAGAGGACACAUGAAGAUGAGGCUGUCAACAAACUGCACCCACUGUAUUCUCGGGGGGUCAUGUCUCCUGGCCGGCAUGUCCGGACACGCCUCUACUUCACCAGCGAGAGCCACGUGCACUCCCUGCUCAGCAUCUUCCGCUACGGAGGGCUGCUGGAUGACGAGAAGGACCAGCAGUGGAAGCAGGCCAUGGACUACCUGAGCGCCGUGUCUGAACUCAACUACAUGACCCAGAUCGUGAUCAUGCUUUAUGAAGACAACAACAAGGACCCUAGCUCAGAGGAACGUUUCCAUGUGGAGCUUCACUUCAGCCCAGGAGUCAAAGGAUGUGAGGAUGAGGAGAAUGUUCCUCUGGGUUUUGGUUUCCGCCCAGCAUCCUCUGAGAAUAAGGAGAAGCAGCCCAAUCAGGGCAGUCUGGAGGACCUGUCGCAGGACCAGCCUGACGAGGCACUUCCUCUCUCUGAGCCAAUCAGCAUCCAGAGGAGGUCCCCUAUGAUCCGCAACCGCAAGACGGGCUCCAUGGAGGUCCUCUCAGAGACCUCCCCGACCCAUUCCUCCAAGGGCUCCUCCGCCUACCGACUUUUCCCAUCAGGCUCACGCCAGUCCCCUGAGAUCAAAGCCCCCGGUGGCCUAGGGUCCCUCAGCUCGGGCCUCUUCAGCGCAUCCGUCUUCGGGGUGUCCUCUAGUGCCCCCAACCUGCGGGAUUACAUCCGCACACACCACCACCACCGCCAUCCGCCCCUGUCCCCCGGCAGCCUGCCGUGCCACGUUGGUGUCUUCGAGCUGUUCUCUAUGCCGGCAGUAAAGAGAUUUUCUGUGUCGUUUGCCAGGCAUCCGACUAAUGAACCGUCUGAUCAAAUGGUGGAACUGACCCUCUCGGGGAGUCCCCCUCUGGCUGUGGACAGGGCCAUGGCAGCCCACCUGCACCACUGCCCCUACCACCUGCAUCACCUCAAGAACUGGCAAGUGUCUGGCCAGGACCCCGAGUGCCUCUACGGCUUCGAAGGCUGCUCCAUGGUGCCCUCCAUCUACCCACUCGAGACACUGCACAAUUCGCUCUCUCUAAAGCAGGUGGAUGAGUUCCUCAACACAGUGUGUGAGAGCAGGAGUGAGGCACAUGCUAAGACCAUGAAGGCCUUAUCUGCACUAUUUGACUCCCAGAGCCAGUCAUCAAUUUACAACUCGCAGCAACCCCUCUCCUCCUCAGGCUCAGAGACAUCUCUCCGACCACCCGGCCGCCCUCUAUGGCACAGCAGCGUCCCCUCCAGCACUGUGUCCAGUGCAGGCCCCUCCUCCCCACUGGCAGAAAGCGCCGCCCUCCACUUCAGCUUCAGUGAGUAGACCUUCUGUCUCCCCGCAACAUCUGACUCCAGCGGUGAGGCCAAGGAUAGAAUCUGUACCAGGAGACCCCAGGGACCUUUGUUCAUCCAUCUGCCCAUCCAUUCAUUCCUCCACAUGUCUGUCCACACCCGUGAGAUGGGUCUGUCUCUGUCUCUCUGCUAAACUCUGUUGUUAGAUCGUUUUUGCUGUUCGAGCGCAGGCCUGUUUUAUAGAAUUGACUCAGCCUGAAGGUCCACACGAGAACUCGAGGAAUCAUUUUAGCUGAUGAGCACUGUUUUCACUUCCUUGAGAUAAGAUGAUAGAGAUUGGUCAAAGUUUCCAUAAUUUGCAGUGCUGGGCUUUGCAUGCAUAAAAUAUGCAUCCCAGGGUCUAUUCAGUGACUUGAGCCACUCGAAAAAGUGAAGAGAGGUAAUCGACUUCUCAGAAUGGUUGCAUUGGGAAAAAAAUCCUUGAAAUUGUCUUAUUAAGUAUAAACAGUGUUUGUGCUGGAUUGUGGGUUUUACUUUGAUAUUAUACUGUAAUUUACCAAAGAUGACAGUUUACGUUGAGUAAUUUAGUGGAAUGCUGAAACUCAGAAAAAUAAUCGGAUUAUUCUUUGACACUUUUGGGUCACAUUGACCGCAAAGUCCUGGAAAUUUACCGCGUUGACUUCGGCGUUAAACUGUUUAUUCCACAGUACCCGCUAGGAAUCAAGUGCUGUUUUCAAUAAGCAAACCAGAUGUUAUGUCAAGAGUUGUAAAAGUCUACAAUCUAAACUCCGUUUAAGCAGGUUUUUCCUGCGGGCCAGUUUUUGAGAAAGUAAUCUUUAUUUCUCUCUGACGUAUAUGUAAUCUGAUUACUGUUUUUUACAGUAACUGGAUUAGAUUACGGUCAUCAUUAUUUUUACGAGCCGUUAUGCUUAAACCAUUGUACCGCCAACCCUUACCCUGUAUCUAUAUUCCAAAAGAACUUGUGCUGUAUAAAUAAAGGCUUUCAUUUCAAAAGCAUACAUCCAAGAAAAUGAAGAAUGAUACUAAAAAUGUAUUUUUUUACCAGAUGUGAUUACCUCAAUACAAAGACAUCACGAAACAUUAAACAUUUAUUUUUUAUAUUUUAACUUAAAAGCUGCGUCUCAAGACUGAGGAUUGAUGGAAUGCAAAUAUUCUCCUCAAUUUUCCUGCUAGUUUGAUAGUAGAUGGA